AUGCCACCAAAUAGUGCAAGACCAACCAUUUGUCAAGUAUGUCCUGCUGUUCCAGAUUGUAGUGCCAUUGCCAAUCUAACUGAUGUUACAAACUUAACAGACUACACAACUACGAUCAGUUCAGGUUCUUCCACUGUCACUGCUGUUGUCUAUGAAUACCUCACAACCAACUCCGAUGGUCUUCUUGAAACUAUAACAUCAACAUCUACAAUCCCUGGUUUGACCACAUACACCACUACCAUCACUUCUGGUUCCUCUACCGUCACUGCUGUUGUUUCUGACUACACCACUACUGACUCUGCUGGUAGUGUUGUCACUGAUGAAACCACAUCUAUCAUCUCUGGCUUAACCGACUGGACCACCACCAUCACUUCUGGUUCCUCUACCGUCACUGCUGUUGUUUCUGAAUACACUACCACUGACUCUGCUGGUAACCUUGUCACUGACGAAACCACAUCUAUUAUUAGUGAGUUACCACACUGGACCACUACUAUCACUUCCGGUUCCUCUACAGUCACUGCCGUUGUCUCUGAAUACACCACUACCGACUCUGCUGGUAACCUUGUCACUGACGAAACCACAUCUGUCAUUACCGAUCUACCAGAAUACAUGACUACUUUCACCACCGAUGGUUCUGUAGUUACUGCUAUUGUUUCAGACUACACUACAACUGAUUCUGCAGGCAACGUUGUAACUAGAGAAUCUACUCCUAUUCUCCCAGACUUACCAGAACACCUAACCACAUUCAUUUCUGAUGGCAGUGUUGUCACUGGUAUAGUAUCUGACUACGUUACCACUGACUCUAAUGGCCAUGUCACCACAGCUGAAACUACCAUCAUUGGUUCUGUACCACCAUUUCACCUAACCACUUUCACCUCUGAUGGUUCAGUAGUUACCGCUGUUGUUUCAGAUUAUUUGACUACUGACUCCGAUGGUCAAGUCUACACAGCUGAAACUACAUCUGUUAUCGGCGGUUCAGGUUCAGGUAGCGCUGACACAUCAACUACUGCAGCAGUCCAAGGGUCUGCAACGAAUGUAGCUACGUCAAGCGCUGCUAGUGUUGGAUCCUACGAAGACGCUGCAGCUUUGUUAGAUGUAAGAGGUACAUUAAGGACUUUGUUACAUUGCGUAGCCUUGUCUCUAUUGCUUUUCUGA